AUGCAACGGGGUGGAGAAGAUGUUGUUAUGGGUGAUUUAGUUGAGCUACAAACUGAUGAAGUUAUGAGGGUAAACGAAUCUGAGCAAGUGGUGAGGGUAAACGAAUAUGAGCAAGUGGUGAGGGUUAAUGAAGCUGAGGAACUAGGCAGGGUUAAUCAAGUUGUUGGCCAAGUGUAUACUAUAGGUAAACCAAGCAAGAGGAAAAAGUCAGAGAGACUUUUUAAACUAAAGCUUGCUAAAAGAGUUGAAUGUGAUGGUAGCAGUGUUGGAUCGCUAAUGGAGUUAGAUUAA